GAGAGGGGCUGGGAUGGAGAACAGGCAGCGGGCCGGCGCCGAGGUAUGAUCCGGGGACCGGCAGGACGAGCGAGCAGUGGCGGACACGGCAGUGCGGGGCAGACGGAACGUGUGAGAUAUGAGGCGGCUCCCGAGCGGCGCUCUGCUCUACUAUGAUUCGCUAUGUGCUCGCUCUGAUGGCGAGUGUGACCGGCGCCGGGGGACUCGCUGCUCAAGGUGGUUCAAGGGAAGAGCCACAGUUUGUGACAGCACGUGCUGGGGAGAGCGUGAUCCUGGGGUGCAAUGUCAUCCACCCCCUCACUGCCCAGCCUCCUCCUUAUGUGGUUGAAUGGUUCAAGUUUGGUGUCCCCAUCCCCAUCUUCAUAAAGUUUGGUUUCUACCCUCCUCACGUGGACCCAGAAUAUGCAGGCCGAGCCACCCUCCAUGACAAGGCAUCGCUGCGCAUCGAUCAGACUCGCUCGCAGGAUCAGGGCUGGUACGAGUGCAAAGUGCUGAUGCUGGAGCAGCAGUACGACACAUUUCACAAUGGCAGCUGGGUCCAUCUCACGGUGAAUGCCCCUCCCACCUUCACAGAAACCCCCCCCCAAUACCUUGAAGUGAAGGAGGGCAGCAGCGUCACACUAACUUGCACUGCAUUUGGGAAUCCAAAACCUACUGUCACAUGGCUGCGAGAGGGUGAAUUCCUUGGGGGAACCUCAAAAUACCAGGUGAAUGAUGGCAGUUUGACCAUCUCUUCUAUUGGGCGUGAAGACCGAGGCUCAUACACCUGCCGUGCUACCAGUAUUCAGGGGGAGGCUGUUCACAGUACUCGUCUAUUAGUCCAAGGGUCACCGUUCAUUGUUUCCCCUCCUGAGAACAUCACGGUUAACAUUUCCCAGGAUGCUCUGUUCACCUGCCAGGCCGAGGCGUAUCCAGGGAACCUCACCUACACCUGGCUCUGGCAGGAGGAAAAUGUAUUUUUUAAGAACGACCUGAAGAUGAGGGUUCGGAUUCUGAUUGAUGGAACACUCAUCAUAUUCAGAGUCAAGCCCGAAGACGCUGGGAAGUACACCUGUGUGCCUAGCAACAGCCUGGGACACUCCCCAUCAGCAUCAGCUUAUCUCACUGUCCAGUACCCAGCACGAGUAGUCAACAUGCCCCCCAUCAUCUACGUCCCGGUCGGUAUUCAUGGUCACAUUCGCUGCCCUGUGGAGGCUGUGCCGCCUGUCACACAUGUGAAAUGGAAUAAAGAUGGCCGCCCCUUGCGGACAGAUAAGUUGUCAGGCUGGAAGUUGCUGGAAGAUGGAUCUAUUCACAUUGAGGAGGCGACGGAAGAGUUGCUGGGCACCUACACCUGUGUGCCUUAUAAUGCGCUGGGGACCAUGGGCCAGUCCCCUCCUGCUCGGCUGCUGCUGAAGGACCCGCCCUAUUUUACGGUGCUGCCCGGCUGGGAGUAUAGGCAAGAAGCUGGUAGGGAGCUGCUAAUUCCUUGUGCCGCUGCUGGAGACCCCUUCCCCACCAUCUCCUGGAGAAAGGUUGGACGCCCCUCUUCCAGUAAGCACAGUGUGCUGCCCAGUGGCUCCUUACAGUUUAGAUCUCUUAGUAAGGAAGAUCAUGGAGAAUGGGAAUGUGUGGCUAGUAAUGUUGUAACAAGUAUCACUGCCAGCGCCCACCUUACUGUAAUUGGCACCAGUCCGCACGCUCCUUCCAGUAUCCGAGUCCUGGUGUCUAUGAACACAGCAAAUGUGUCCUGGGAUCCUGGUUAUGACGGAGGAUUCGAGCAGACAUUCUCAGUUUGGUACGGCGCUCUGAUAAAACGCGCACAGUUCGGGCCUCAUGACUGGGUCUCCAUGCCAGUAGCCAGUGGCGCAACCUCACUUCUCAUAAACUCUCUGGAUCCGGAAACCGAAUACCAGAUCAGUGUUCUGGCGCAGAAUAAGUUGGGGACGAGUUCGUUCAGUGAGGUGGUGACGGUGCGGACAUUGGCCUUUCCCAUCACAACCCCAGAGCCGCUGCUGUUUCUGACCUCACCCCGCUGUCUCAUAGCCAAUCGGACUCAGCAGGGUGUUCUUCUGUCCUGGCUACCACCCAGCAAUCACAGCUUUCCACUUGAUCGGUACAUUAUGGAGUUCCGCUUAGCCGAGCGGUGGGAGAUCUUGGAUGACUCAAUCGCAGGAACUGAGACUGAGAUACUGGCAAAGGAAUUAUCCCAGGAUACCUGGUAUGAGUUCCGGGUGUUGGCCGUCAUGCAAGAUCUCAUCAGUGAGCCCAGUAACAUCGCAGGAGUAUCCAGUACAGAUGUGUUCCCCUCUCCAGAACUGAGUGAUGAAGGUUUUGCUCGGCCAGUACUCGCCGGAAUAGUUGCUACUAUCUGUUUCCUGGCUGCUGCAGUUUUGUUCAGCACUUUGGCUGCUUGUGUGGUGAACCGACAGAGAAAACGCAAACUGAAAAGAAAAAAAGAUCCACCACUGUCCAUUACACACUGCCGGAAAAGCAUGGAGUCUCCGUUGUCUUCUGGAAAGGUCAGUCCAGAGAGUAUUCGAACACUCCGUGCUCCAUCAGAGUCUUCAGAGGAUCAAGGUCUUCCACCAAAAAGGCCUCUGAGCCCAGGACGGGAAAAGGAGUUGUCGCUCUACAAGAAGACCAAACGUGCCAUGACCAGCAAGAAGUAUAGUGUCAGUCAGGCAGAAGCAGAAGUGACUACUCCUAUUGAGUUAAUCAGCAGAGGUCCAGAUGGUCGGUUUGUUACAGGGGGCCCUGAGCAGGAACCGGCUUUGCGUACUCGAAGAAUUCAAGGCUUUCCUUUUGCAGAAGAAACUGAUAUGUACCCAGAGUUUAGGCAAUCGGAUGAGGAGAAUGACGAGCCAUCUGGUUUAAAAUCCCAGCUUACCCCAUUGUCAUCUAGCCAAGAUUCCCCACUUCAGCCUCCUGCCUACAGUCCACGUUUUCAACAUCAGUCUCCAGAAGGAAGGCAGCAGGCCUCUGGUCAAUCAAGACCUGGUGGCUAUCAUCAUGGUCAUUUGUAUGGUUACUUGAGCAGUAGUCCUCGGGAUUCAGAUCCACCUCCGCCUUUUUACAUGCCAGAAGUCAGUCCACUCAGUUCUGUAAUGUCCUCCCCACCUUUGCUUCCUGAAGGCUCUUUUCCACCUAUCCCAGAAGAGAAUGGAGAGAACAGCUCCACCAGUACUUUGCCUCUUACCCACACCCCAACUGGGGGACGCUCCCCAGAACAGUGGGGAGGCCCAGACUUCCCUUUUGGAGGUUUGGAAGCACCUCCAUCUCCUUCCAUGUUUGUCCAGCAUAGGUAUGAACCUAGUGAGAUGAGGCGUCCUCUACCUCCACCCCCUCCAGCCCCCUUUCCUCGAGGACGUCCACCUCCCAGCUCACUACAGGUUCCAUCUUAUGCAGCCAUCUUGCCUCUGGAACUGCAUACAGGCUGGGCAGGAAGGUUACCUAGUCGCUGUCCACAUCCUCCUCAUCCAACCUCUUGGCAGGAUGCAGCAAUGCAGUUGGCUGCACAAAGCCAGCUACGGCACACUAGCCAAGGAAUGGGGAUCCCGGUGCUUCCUUACCCAGACAUCCCUGAACCAGGGCCUUUUGGGUUGGAUGCUCGAUGGUUUGAAAGCCGGACGCGUCCACAGAUGAGCCCCAGACAACAUCGCAGGCUGGAGCCAGGCUUACAUCAAGUGGUGCUGCAGCCUUCCCGCCUUUCGCCACUGACCCAAAGUCCCCUAAGCUCCAGACAUGGAUCCCCUGAGCUCAGUGCCAGAGCCAGGCCUCGUCCUGGUCUGCUUCCCCCACCACCAGACUGCUCUGGCAUUGCCCUGCAGCCUCCAGGCUUUUUACACAAAUCACCUCCUUCUUCUGGAUCGCCAGCAAAGAGCAGCCACGACAGUCCUAGUUACCAUCCUGUUCCACCUGACUCCUCCCCUCAUGCAGAUGGACGCAGGAGAGAAGAGCGAAUACACGCAGAGACAGCGGUGCUGUGCACUGCAGGGCUUGGGUUAGCUGCUGUACCUGAGAGGUCAGAAGUUGUGAGAGAUGAUCGUGUUCAUAAGCCCAAAAAGUCCACCAAGGGCAGAUCUAAAUCCCAGAAGCACUCUGCAGAUGGAUCCACCUCACAGGUUCACCAGCCAGCCCCAGCCAUGUACAUGGACACUCGCUGCAUCCGUAGGAAGAAACGCUCAGCUCGACAAGACCCCUUCUUCCGUCUCUCUGCUCUGAGGGACGAGCUCUGUCACCGUUCACUGUCUGAUGAUCGGGCUGCCAUCCUGACCAGCACAGAGCCCGAGGACUCCAGCGGCCAUGCCACUCUUCUGUGACCAUCUUUGGAGACAGGCCUGGUUUAGGCUCUUUCUGUCUCUUGGUGCUGCCACUCCCUGCCCUCCCUUUUAAAUGACUUAUACACUAAAGCGUGAGCAGCGAGUUGUGCGUUCAUUGCCUACCUCACCAACCCUGUGUGUGCCGGGUAUAUGCUCACGCCUCACACCUCGGAGCAAUGUACAGUGUUAAGACUGCUAGAUCUGAAGAUACAUGCAUAGGUCACAGCUCAGCAAUACAUGUGGUGUGACCACAUCUCCACCCUGCUAGAGGCUACAGCCUGGUAUCUAUGGAGCAUCAUACAUGUCAUUGCACACCUAACAUGCCAUGUAUGUAUGUUGCUAGAGAAUGUUUAAUCGUGUAGGACAAAUGGUCUUAUUUUAUGAAGAGGAAAUUGACACCACUAAAGGCUACAUCCAUUUACUACUUUCUAAUUUGUACUACCUAAAUGAAAAGCUAAUAGUACUACCACCCUGAGCUGUGGAGUGUAAGUGUAUCUGUGCAGACAUGUGCCCUGUGCACCAUUUGCUAAGAACAAGUCUUUAAAUUAAAAGAGUGAAGGAGGGUCAUUCUGGUGUUUUGUGCCUUAGAGACAUGAGGCACAAGUAAGGGCAGUACAAGUUACCUGUCAGUGAAUGUGGCUUUUUGGUGUUCACUUUUCUCUUUGUUAUGGGCUGCUAAAAGCUUCAUUUGUGGGGUUCAAGAUCUGAUACCUUCCAAGGUAGUUAAUCCAACUAAAGCUACCAAAUUUUCUUCUUUGUGGUUACUUAAUAAAUGUAGAAAGUCCAAUGUAAUACACAGGAUGAAAAGUAAUGUAGAGUAACAGAUUGCAGGAGAGUAAUGGAGCAUAACACAGAGCAAAGGAGAGUAUUGUAAAGUAACUUUGAGUGAAGGAUAAUAAUGUAGAGUAAAGGAGAAUAAUAGAGUGUAAGAGAAUCAGACUCAGAGUAACAGAGGGGAGGAAUAAUGUUGAGUUCAUGCAGAGUAAGGCCUCAUGCACACCACCGUUGUUCUAUUCCGUUCCGAAAAAUGGGGU